AAAGAUAAGAAAAACGUUUCCUCGUGUUUCUGCCGAGUGUUUGUCAGAGCAGGAAAGUGAAGAACGGAGACCGACAAUAAGGAGCUUCUUCUCUCUGCAGCUUCUGGAAAACUGUGACAAGUUUUGAAGGGAUUUGAGAAGCAUCCAGAACAGAGAGGAAAACUUCUAAAAGGACUGAGGAGGGACGGAGAGCAGCUUCUUCUCUCCAAAAGUGUCUGAAGAAGAUGUGAAGAGAGUUGAUCAGAGUCAAACAUCUCGCCUGAGUUGAACAUGUCAUCUCCUCACUGUGGAUGUUCCAGGGCUUCUAUGAACACAGAGUGAAAGAUCAGUGAGAUAAAUCAGACUCUUCACAAGGUCAAAGAUGAGCUCAGAUCCAGAAGUCCUCCUGGGAAUUCUGGAUCACUUGUUUAUAGAUGACUUUAAAAGGUUCAAGUUCCAUUUGAGCAAUAUCGGGGUCUUUGAAGGAUGCAGAGCAAUUCCAGCAGGACGACUGGAGACACUGGACAAGCCGGACACAGCGAGUCAGAUCCACCAGACCUACAGCAAUCAUGCUCCAGAACUCAUGAAACUGGUUUUAGAAAAAAUAGGAAAGAAGCAUAUAUGGGAUGAACACACCAAAAAGACCUCAGAACCUGAAGAAAAAAUGAAUGAAGGGGAAAACCACACUGAAGAGGUUCAUUUGUCAACAAAAUAUCAGGAGUGUCAGGAAGAACUCAAGUCCAACCUGAAGAGGAGGUUCCAGUGUGUGUUUGAGGGAGUCGCUAAACAAGGAGAGUCCACCCUCCUGAACCAGAUCUACACAGAGCUCCACAUCACAGAGGGAGGGGCUGCAGAGGUCAAUCAGGAACAUGAGGUCAGACAAAUUGAAGCAGCAUCCAGGACAGCAGACAGAGCAGAAACAAGCAUCAGACCAGAGAAGAUCUUUGAAACGUCACCUGAAAGAUCUAAACUAAUCAGAACAGUGCUGACAAAGGGAGUGGCUGGUAUUGGGAAAACAGUCCUGACACAGAAGUUCACUCUGGACUGGGCUGAAGACAAAGACAACCAGGAUGUCCACUUCAUAUUUCCAUUCACCUUCAGAGAGCUGAAUGUAGUGAAGGAGAAGACAUUCAGCUUGGUGGGACUUGUUCAUCACUUCUUCAAUGAAACACAAGAAGCAGGAAUCUGCAGAUUUAAGAAAUUCCAGGUGAUCUUCAUUUUUGAUGGUCUGGAUGAGUGUCGAAUCCCUCUGGACUUCCAGCACACUGAGUUCCUGACUGAUGUUACAGAGUCCACCUCAGUGGAUGUUCUGCUGACAAACCUCAUCAGGGGGAAACUGCUUCCCUCUGUUCGCCUCUGGAUCACCACACGACCUGCAGCAGCCAAUCAGAUCCCUGCUGACUGUGUGGACAGGGUGACAGAGGUCCGAGGGUUCACCGAUGCCCAGAAGGAGGAGUACUUCAGGAGGAGGUUCAGAGAGGAGGAGCAGGCCAGCAGGAUCAUCUCCCACAUCAAGACCUCCCGAAGCCUCCACAUCAUGUGCCACAUCCCGGUCUUCUGCUGGAUCACUGCUACAGUUCUGGAGAAGGUGUUGAAGAUCAGAGAGGGAGGAGAGCUGCCCAAGACCCUGACUGAGAUGUACAUCCACCACCUGGUGGUCCAGGCCAAAGUCAAGAUGGCCAAGUAUGAUGCAGGAGCUGCCACAGAUCCACACUGGAGUCCAGAGAGCAGGGAGAUGAUAGAGUCUCUGGGAAAAUUGGCUUUUGAUCAGCUGCAGAAAGGAAACCUGAUCUUCUAUGAACCCGACCUGACAGAGUGUGGCAUCGAUCUCAGAGCAGCCUCAAUGUACUCAGGAAUGUUCACACAGAUCUUUAAAGAGGAGAGCGGCCUGUACCAGGACACGGUGUUCUGCUUCAUCCAUCUAAGUCUUCAGGAGUUUCUGGCGGCUCUUCAUGUCCAUCAGACCUUCAUCAACUCUGGAAUCAACCUGCUGGAAGAGAAACAAACAACCAUUCAACAAUCUCCACAACAGCCUCAGCUCCACCAUCUCCAUCAGAGAGCAGUGGACGAGGCCUUGAAGAGUCCAAAUGGACACCUGGACUUGUUCCUCCGCUUCCUCCUGGGUCUUUCACUGGAGACCAAUCAGAGUCUCCUUCGAGGUCUGCUGACACAGACAGGAAGUAGCUCACAGACCAAUCAGGAAACAGUCCAGUACAUCAAGAAGAAGCUGAGUGAGAGUCUGUCUGCAGAGAGAAGCAUCAAUCUGUUCCACUGUCUGAACGAACUGAAUGAUGGUUCUCUGGUGGAGCAGAUCCAACGGUACCUGAGAUCAGGAAGUCUGUCCACGGAUACACUGUCUCCUGCUCAGUGGUCAGCUCUGGUCUUCAUCUUACUGUCAUCAGAAGAAGAUCUGAAGGAGUUUGAUCUGAAGAAAUACGUUGCUUCAGAGGAGGCUCUUCUGAAGCUGCUGCCAGUGGUCAAAGCCUCCAACAAAGCUCUGUUGAGCGGCUGUGGUCUGUCAGAGAGAAGCUGUGAAGCUCUGUCCUCAGUUCUCAGCUCUCAGUCCUCCAGUGUGACACAUCUGGACCUGAGCUACAACCGUCCAGGAGACUCAGGAGUGAAUCUUCUGUCUGUUGCCGUGAAGGAUCCACACUGCUCACUGAAGACUCUCAGGUUGAGCUGCUGUGGUCUGUCAGAGAGAAGCUGUGGAGCUCUGUCCUCAGUUCUCAGUUCUCAGUCCUCCAGUCUGACACAUCUGGACCUGAGUAACAACGACCUGCAGGAUUCAGGAGUGAAGCGUCUGUCUCUUGGACUGGAGAGUCCUCAAUGUAAACUGGAAGCUCUCAGUCUGUCAGGGUGUCUGGUCUCAGAGGAAGGCUGUGCUUCUCUGGUCUCAGCUGUGAGAUCCAAGUCUUCAAAACUGAAAGAGCUGGACCUGAGCUACAACCAUCCAGGAGACUUAGGAGUGAAUAUUCUGUCAGCAGCUGUGGUGGAUCCACACUGCUCACUGGAGACUCUCAGGGUGGACCAUGGUGGACAGCAGAGGCUCAAACCUGCUCUGAGGAAGUAUUUCUAUCAACUUCAACUGGAUGAAAACUCAAUGAAUAGAAAACUAAAACUGUCCAACAACAACAGGAAGGUGACACGUGUGGAAGAAGAGCAGCUGUAUCCUCAUCAUCCACACAGAUUUGAUGAGCGUAAACAGCUGCUGUGUAGAAAUGAUCUGAGUGGUCGAUGUUACUGGGAGGUCGAGUGGAGCGGAGGUGUUUCUAUAUCAGUGAGUUACAGAGGAAUCCCAAGGAAAGGAGACAGUAGGGAGUGGUGGUUUGGAAGGAAUCAUCAGUCCUGGAGUCUGGACUGCUAUAAUAGAGGUUACUCUGUCUAUCACAAAAACAGAAUAGCAUUCCUCUCCUCCUCCUCCUCUGGUAGAGUAGGAGUGUAUGUGGACUGUCCUGCUGGCUCUCUGUCCUUCUUCAGAGUCUCCUCUGACUCUCUGAUCCACCUCUACACCUUCAACACCACAUUCACUCAACCUCUAUGUGCUGGAUUUAGGCUCUGGUCCUCUGGUUCUUCAGUGAGUCUGUAUUGUCUGUAGGAAGGACGGUCUCUGUCUCCAACAGCAGGGAUGAGGAGGAGCCUAUCAGAAGGUGGGAGGGGCCAAUGAGAAGGUGGGCGGAGUUUAGCUCCACUAAAGAUGUGAUUUCUUCUUUGUUCCAUCUAGUGUUUGUUGUGGUUUCAUUGUUGUGAUGUUUCUUGAAAUGUUCCAUCGUAAAGUAAUAAAGGCAAAUCAUUGACAAGUAAAACUCUC